AUGCCUGCCGCUUGUUCAUCAGAUGGCCAUCCGAUGAACGUUUUGGAGCGUCCACAAGCGUGUGGAUGUACUACGAGUGAGUGCGAUGGCCUCACUUGUGGUACGGUCGUUAGUACGACUGCACAAAACCUUAGUGUACCAAACGGUUACACUUCGGAGCAAAGUUCCGGCGGCUGUGAGGAAACACAGGCUGCGCCGAAGGUCCACCACUCGAAUAAGUCGAGUGGACCGGGACAAAGAUGUAUCCCUAGCGGGGAACAUCUAGAAGAGAAACAAUCGAUCGCUCAGGUUAAGCGAAACGAUAAUCCUAGAUCGACUGGAGAGUCUUUCGUAGAGGAUCUCGCUGUGGUUGCGCAACCCCAGCUAGAGGAAGUAAAGGGAAUAAGUCCCAAGAUUACGAAUACGGCGGAAAUAAGUUCCCCGAAACCCACGGGAAUAAGUCCCCGGGAAGACGAAGGAAUAAGUCCUUCGAAGCCUGAGGGAAUAAGUCCCCAGGAAAUGACAGAGACAUUGAAUGUCAUAGUCAAUAACGGAUCAAGUGUAGGCGCUUAUACACUUGAUCUGAUUGCGCCUCCGAAGUUGACUUCGGAGAUCACUCAGUUGCCAACGCUCGAACAUAAAAGGUUCUUGUGUGAUCUGCGUAGUGGCAAAGUCAAGCAGAUCUGCGUACUCGUCGCUGACGACGAGUGUGUAACCGACAUAAGGUCAGCAACAGUGUUCACUGAGAACGAGAGAGUUCUCAGUAGUUCAUCUAUGGACGAGAGUGUCCUAGAUGAAAAGACACGAAUUGAGCGAUAUGACUCCCAAUCGUGGGAAUCGCUCAAGAAAAAUCCUCUCUAUGGAGAUUUGGUUGAAUUCAAGGAUGUAUUCCCUGAAACUGUUCCGUGCGAAUUACCGAAGGAUAAAGGUAUUCGACACGAGGUCGAGCUUAAACCAGACUCGAAGUACUGUGUCAUGAAGCAGUGA